AUGAGGACCCUCACUCUCCUCGCCACCCUUCUCCUCUUGGCCCUCCAGGCCCAGGCUCAGACCCUCCAAGAGACAGCUGACCAGGUUCCUGCCCAGGAGCAGCCCACGGCCAAAGACAUUUGGGCUGAGGACCAGGACCAGGCUGAGGAUGAUGACCAGGAUGUGGCCAUCUCCUUCACAGGAGAGGAACGCCUCACUCGAGCUGUAGGCCUUUGGAAACUAAGACGUUGCACGUGCCGACUCAACCGCUUCUGCAAGUCCUUUGAGAGUCCUUCUGGGACCUGUUACAUCUAUGGCCAAAGAUACAAGCGUUGCUGUCGCUGA